CAUCAUUAUGGUGGUUGUUAGCUGAUUCUAAUAUUAUGUUGUGCAGUUGGGUUCGGUGGAGGAUCUUUUUCUUUAUGGUGAUUAGUAUUCUUCUUAUUGGUUGUAGGUUGAUUUCAUUACUGCAUUGGGCAACUGGCUAGGGCUAAAUCUGUACUGUUUUUUUUUUGAAUUCAGAGUCAGGUUUCCAUCUCUUUGAAGGUUUUUGAAGAAUUUGUUCGAACUGUCCAUUUUUAUGAGGGUUUUUCCCAGUUCACGAUCCUUUUAUUUGUGCCUUGUUUAACAUUAAAACAUGUGUAAAAGUGGACAGUAGAGUUGAGUAUCCUUUUAUUUCUAAGAUUUUUCUACUUUAUCUCAGAAGUAAUUUAGCUAUUUCUGAGAUUUAAUUGUUUCUGGUUUCUGGGGGUUGUGGCAACUUGCUGCAUUGAAUUUAGACAAUAUGCAUUUGUAUGAUUGGUGAAUUCAGUAUUUUGGUGAAUAAUAGCCUUUUUUUAUAUUCAGUGAAUUCAGAAAUUCAUGAAGUGUUAGUGUGUUUCCGGUGGAAAUGGCUGCAACUGGCACUUCAUUUAUUAAAGUACAGAGGAAUCUGCAGAGGUUCACAACAGUUCUACAAUCUGCAGCUUGUGAAUGGUUUUUGCUCUUUUGGCUGCUUAUUGAUGCUGUACUCUCGUAUCUGCUAACAAAAUUUGCAAGUUAUUGCGGAUUGCAAAUACCUUGCAUGUUUUGUUCCAGGCUCGAUCAUUUUCUGGGAAAUGAAAAACCUGGAUUUUAUAAAAAAUUAAUUUGCAGCAACCAUAGAUCUGAAAUAUCAUCCUUGAUUUCUUGUCACAUUCAUGGGAAGCUUGCUGAUGGCUACGGUAUGUGUGAGGAAUGCCUAUUGUCAUCCACUAUGAAAAGCGUACCAAGCCCAGACAUAAACAGGCUGUUGAUGGGUAAGUUUGGGUUUGAUAUUGGUGCUCCUGGUUUCCAGAACUCAUUGCAGAACAGGGAGCUUGUUUCUGGUUCUGUUGGUACGAGGAUGUGCUCAUGUUGCAAGAGAUCAAGACAAACUUCCAACAGAAUAGCCCAACUGAAAUCACCUAGGAGUGGGAUGACUAAGCCCAAUAUUCCUUUGGCCCGUCAUCUGACCCACCGUGAAAAUGUAAGGAAAAAGAGAAAGAAAUUUCCUGGGUCUGUAACAUCUCACCGUCUUGUAAGGUGUGAUUACAAUCCCCGCUCUCAUGUAGGAUACGCUGAGCUCAAGUUCACUUUUGAUUCUGAUUCUGAAUUUCCAUUUUUUGGUGAUGAUGAAGGCAGUAGUAUUGGUAACAAAAUGAAAGAGCUGAAGGAAGAGUCCACAGUUCCACCCAAAACACUGACUGAUGGUAUAAGCUCAGAGAAGAUGACGCAUCAUUCCUUGAGAAGCUUGGCUUCUGAUGUUGAUCUGAACCGGCAGCAAGCUGAUCAUGAAAACUGUCCUUCUGCACUACCUGAGCUUAUUUCUUUAGAUGGUUGUCCUACAUCCAGUGUAAUGGAGGCUACUUCUGGAGUGUCAUCAGUGAGAAGUGAGCUCAAGUUUCCUUUCUUUCAGAACUACAAUCUUUCUGCACUCUCUGAUCUCAUGUCACUCGUAGUUCCCUCAUCAUUUAGUGCUGUUGAAGGUCCUCUGGAAGCAUCAGAAAGGAAUUCAGACUACACUGGAACAGGUGACAGGCGAUACAUAGCCAUCAACAAGCACAAGGAAAUUUCCAAAUUAACUACGUCAAUCAGAGGAGGUGAUCAGGUUGCUACUGAAGUACCUUCCAUAAAUUCAUGUAAUGUGGAUCUGAUUGAUGUGUGGAAGCCUGCUGCCAAUAGCGAGGAAGGAGAAGCUCACACUUUUAUGGCAGAAAAAGGGACUGCGAAUGAACAUGAAAGAGUUGAUGAAAAUUUGGAGUUGCCAACAGAAAAUGUUUUCGCUGAAGUGCCUGAUUUAUCAUUGAAUAAUAAAAUCAAUGGGGUGGAAGGUCGUGGGGAUGAAUUGGAGAUGAAUGAUGCUUUGGGGCCUAAUGGAGUUCAGACGCUCCAGACUGAAAGAGCUGAAUCAUCUGGUCUUGAAUCUCUCGAUGGAAGCUUUGUCAGUGACAUUGAAGGUGAAAGUAUUGUUGAUCGGUUAAAGCGACAAAUGGAGCAUGAUAAAAGACGCAUAAGCGCUUUGUAUGAGGAAUUAGAAGAAGAAAGAAGUGCUUCUGCGAUUGCUGCAAAUCAGGCAAUGGCCAUGAUCAAUAGGCUGCAAGAGGAGAAGGCAGCACUUCAUAUGGAGGCCCUGCAGUACCUAAGAAUGAUGGAAGAGCAAGCAGAGCAUGACGUAGAGGCCCUUGAGAAAGCUAAUGAUCUUCUGGCUGAGAGGGAGAAACAAAUGCAGGACUUGGAAGCAGAGAUAGAUUUUUUGCAAUUAAACACCCCCGAUGAACCAAUGGCGGAGACAAUUCAUGUAAAAAGUUACGAUCUGAAGGAGAAAAAUAUGAGUUUAGAGAAUACUUCCAAAGGCGAUGAUGAUACCAAUGUUACUUGUAGCUCAUCGUUUAGGGAGGUCUUGAAUGACAGUGAAAAACCUGCUACUGUCAAAUCUUUCUUGUCAGAAUAUGAUGAUGAACAGUUGCUCAUUUCACAACGUUUGAAGGGUUUGGAGAGGAAACUUCAUCAAUUUGCAUCUCAUGGGGCUUCACAAUUCGUGUCUAAUGGUGAUUAUUCCGAGGAAGCUCAUGGAGCUCUCAACGAGGGAGAAUCUCUUGACUAUGAGGGGAGCCGAACAAAUGAUCAGACAAAGGAGGAUAGUUUGUCAACGCAAAAGGAUUCACCUGUAUCUAAUAGAAGCCUCCCUGCCCAUGAAACGUCCAGCGCUUUAAUUGCCAAAGAUCAAGAUGUUAACGAAAGUAAUCAUCCAGUUUUCAAUGGACAAAAACCCUCCGAGCAACAUAACGAGAUUGAUUUGGUUGUUCUUGAAAAGGAGAUAUCAGACCUUAAUGGGAGAUUGGAAGCACUUGAAUUUGAUAAGAAUUUUCUGGAGCAUGCUUUCAAUUCUCUUCAAUCUGGAAAAGAGGGACUGCAGUUUGUUCAAGAAAUAGCUCAUCAUCUGCAAAAAUCGCGGAAAAUGGGGAUGAGAAAUAGUGACCAAUCUGUUCCUUGAGUUUCUAUUCUUCGUUAUGAGGUUAGUAUAUCCAUUGUAAUAUUUCCUUUUGCUUCCAUGCGUGCAUGUUAUUGUUCUAACUGCUACUACAAUUGCUAGCUGAAACAUGAUAACCUAGAAAAGCCUGUUCCAAAUAGAAACAUACAUAUAUUUGCGAGCAUGCACGCACCUCUGUCGCUAUGCACCCCCGCGCACACACUGAGUGAGAGAGAGAACACUUUCUUGUGCUUUUGAUCUCAUAUCAAGCCCCCUCAUAGAAGCAAUUUCGAUUCUUCAGUAGAUCAAGAUGACUGAUGAGAACUCACAUUAAUAAAGCCUUUUUUCUACGCACAGAAGAUGAACUGGAAUGGUAAGCAUAACGGUUCUUGUAAACAUUCUGCACAGGUAUGAUACUGUUCCGUGUCUUGAUUAACAAGGCGAGAAUCCAUGAAUUGCUUCAGGACAACCCUGAAGUGCUUAUUCAGAAAUUAGUAACGCUACAGUCUACAUCUUUACGGGCAUAGGGAGUUUUAUUAUCAGCCUUCGAUAAUUUUAAAACUCUCCCCUUGGCAUGGAAGAUGGUCUUACUACUAACCCUUGCCAAAUCUAUUUAUUAUGUUAAAGCUUGCUGUGGUGGAGAAUCUGAACCAUGUGGUACAGAAUAUUGCUUUGAAAUGGUUUUUUUUACUAACAAUAAUUAGGUCCUUUCGAUCUCUCAUUAUGAUUAUGAUUUUGGAAUCAUAUGUCUGGGCCACUACUAACUUCACGUGGAAAGUUCUUUUGCAAUUUGCAAUAGUCUCUGUCUGAUCAUGCCUCGAAACUGCUCAAAAUUAACUCCCAGUUAUUGGGAAUGGCGUGCUUAAGGCAUAAUUAAUUAAGAUAUCAACUUUAUUACAGCAUAAUACAUGUGCUUAGAGAGGAAAAUGAAAACUCGAUUUAUUCAUGAUUAUGGCUACCGAUUUUGUUUGAUAAUUUUCGUGAUGUCCCUCCAAAAAGGUGGACUAAUAAUAUGUGUGCUAUAUCUUAGCCAAUCUAAGGAACUGAUCGAGUCACAACCCCUUGUUCAUUGACCCAAACCCUGUUGCACCUAAAAUCCUUGGUCACUGGAGUUCCUUCUCGCAAGACAAUUGCAUCAACAUUUCUGUUCUCUCUCUCAAUGGUAGCCGCCGCCGCCUCCCCAUAUGCCCUAACCAGCUCUGGCCACGAACUCUUACCUGAAAGUUUCCAUCAUAAUGAUAUUUGCUAUCACAAUGUAUAACACUUCAAACUCAGAGAGGAAAACAAAAGGGCGUGCAUAAUUUCCUUAGCCUUACCUGGACACCGAGACGCCAUUGCUCACCCUUCGCCCGGCUGCUGAGUGUUGAGAAUUGAGUGAGUUGUUGCCCCCUUGAUACAAUAGCUAGCUAGGUUGCUUUUCAAAGCAAGAUCUGAGCCGGUAUCUUUGAAUGUUGGCAUACUGACUUGGCCCUAUUAAUGCUCCAAUAUUUAAUACAUUAAAAAAAGGCUAUGUGUACAGUUUUUGUUUGACUUUGAUACAUUUAUUUUGAAAAAGAUCUUUUAUA